GAAACGUCAGAAUUAAUAUUUUAAUACGUAAUUAUAUUUUUAAAUAAAUUUAUGACUUUGGAAUGGGUGAAGAAAACCAUUUGAAAUAUUUGUUAAAUAGUUAAUGUCAUGGGUUGUGUACAAAGUCAAAAUGAUAUUAAUGAGUUACAUCCUAAUAUAUUUCGUGUUGUAAAUAUUGAUGAAAGUGGUGUACCUACUGGUAGCGGACAGUUAGAAGUAACAGAAUCUGCAUUGGUUUUACACAGAAGAAACAAAGAACCUACAAUUUGGCCUUUGAAAUCCCUUAGACGUUAUGGUUAUGAUGCAGACUUGUUCAGUUUUGAAUCUGGUCGUAGAUGUGAGACUGGCCAAGGAAUAUACGCCUUUAGAUGUAGACGAGCUGAAGCUCUUUACCAAACUUUACAAACAUUUAUUUUAAGAAACGCAACAACCGUUGAAGAGCUUCACAAUUCAACAGACUACCCUGUUCCAGCUGUAAGCAAUGGACCUGCAGUUGCCGCCAGAAAUUUUAGUACUCAGAAUAAUGUAAGAAUAAGUUCAAGUAGAUCUCCUCCUAAUGCUAGAACUAGCAUUCAAUCAAUCCCAAAUGUUAAUGUUCAGGAUGGUAAUUAUCUUGAUCCUUCACCCUUAGUACAACAACUUAACCAAAGAUUAGAUGAAUCUCCUUUAGCAGGGCCAUUAAGCCCUGAAGCUGUAU